AUGGAACCUCAACCCGCAGCGCCUCCCGACCAUGCCGUCAAGCUGCGAUCUUAUCAGCAGGAAAUGCUGCAGCUGAGCCUCGAGAAGAACAUCAUCGUCGCCAUGGACACCGGAUCAGGAAAAACGCACAUCGCCGUCGCUCGCAUUCGUGCUGAGCUGGAGCGUAUGACAGGCGACGAUCUCAUCUGGUUCUUGGCACCUUCUCGAACUCUGGCAGAACAGCAGCACCACGUCUUGAAUACAGAGCUUCCUGCUUAUGGCAUUCGUCUACUGACUGGAAAUGACGAGGUAGAGAAGUGGACAUCGCAACAACUCUGGGAUGCAGUCUUCACCAAUGUCCGAGUCGUCGUCGCAACGCCAGCCAUUUUGCGGGAUGUCUUGACCCAUGCUUUCGUCAAAAUUUCGAGACUUGCUCUUUGCGUGUUCGACGAAGCGCACAGGUGUACAAAGAAACAUCCGAUGAACCAGAUCAUGCAAGACUUCUAUCGACCAGCGCAGGCCAAGGGCGAGAAUGUCCCUCACAUAUUAGGCCUGAGCGCCAGCCCAGUCAUGAGCACAAAGGCUGGCAGUCUUGAAACAAUUGAGUCAAAUCUUUUCUCGAAAGCCGUCACACCCAAGGUGCAUCGAGCUGAAUUGGAGAAGUAUGUCCACCCCCCGGAGUUUCAGACGAUUGUGUUUCAUGGCUGCGGACAUUACGACCAGGCAGACCCACGCAAUGUUUGUGCGGCAUUGACGAACGCUGCUCGAGCCUACGAUAUCAUGAAUGAUCCAUAUGUAGUAGAGCUGAAGGAGCACAUCGACGGCAAAGCUCAAGAGAGACUGGAGAAAGUGCUCAUGAAGCGCGACACUUACUGUCUGCGGCAGCUCCGGGCACUGGAAUCAAGAGCAGUCGCACUCCAGGACCAGCUCGGAGUAGACAUGGCUCAAUGGUAUGUCUCUGCCUGCAUACAAAAGUUCAAGGCGCAGCCUGUCGAAACCUCGAUUCUGCUGGAGCUUAGUGACAAAGAGCGAGCGCAUCUCUUGGCGAUUACCGAUGCUAUCGAGCAACAAAUCGCUUCAUUCUCCAUUCAAGGUGACAUCGUGCUCAGCGACAAAGCCUCCAAGCUCAUUGCCACCCUUCAGCAGCAUGCUGAUGCCACGGUCCGGUGCAUCGUGUUCGUCGAGCAACGUGUCCAAGUCACUGCUCUCGCAGAAUUGCUCCGGCAAAUGCCCGCGAUGCGCGAGCUCUACACAGUCGCAGCUUUCGUGGGCACGUCAACAAACACAAAUCGCAAAUUAUCACUCGCAGACUUGGUGGCGCUCAAAGAUCAGGAGAAUGACCUCCAGGCAUUCCGAGAAGGACGCAAGAAUUUGAUGAUCGCGACCAACGUUCUGGAGGAAGGCAUAGACAUAUCCGCGUGUAACUUGGUCAUCUGCUUCGAUGCACCGAAGAACUUGGUGUCGUUUGUGCAGCGUCGUGGACGGGCGAGGAAGGCGAAUUCGAAAUAUGUAUUAUUUGUGUCCGAAGAAGAGAACGCCCGGGGCCGCAAAGGGUGGUCUGCUCUCGAAGCGGAGAUGAAGGCAAGGUAUAUGGACGACUUAAGAGCUGUCGUCAUCGAAGACCCAACUACUGAGCCCCAGCGAACAUACGAGGUGCCUUCGACCGGCGCGCUACUAACCACAGCAGAUGCCAAAGCACAUUUGUAUCAUUUUUGCAGCGUGAGUAUCUCAGGAGGUACGAAGUAUGUGGACCUACGACCAGAAUUCAGCUGUCACGAAGAUCCUAAGACAAAGCUUUGGAAGGCGGAGGUAAUUCUGCCUACAUCGGUCCACGCGAGUAUGCGGCAUGCAGUUUCUUCGAAGGCAUGGGAGACUGAGAACGACGCCAUCAAAGACGCUGCAUUUGAGGCAUAUGUCAAACUCCAUCGAGGAGGACUGGUUAAUGACAAUUUGCUUCCGCUUGUCAAGGACUACGGUCCUGAGCCUGACACUGAGCAUGUCAAUCAGCCUUCGAUCUUGCAAGUCUCGGAGCGUAAAUCGCCACUCGGGGAGGCAUGGCGCAGUGCGAGUCCUAGCACGAAGUGGAGUUCGUCCAAGAUCCAGCUUUUGCUACAAGGCGAACUUGUUGUCGAGUUGACUAUGUGGGUACUCGGCCAGACACCCGUUAUCGAUUCUUUCGAUCUUUACUACAACAGUCACAAGACCUACCAAGUCAAGGUAACAGCUUGCAGUCAAGGAGAAGUCUUAUCGGACGAGGCGCAGACUACGCUGAGAGCCUGCACAGCUACGCUCUUGGCCAGGGCGUAUGGCCAUCGGAUGUCGGCCAGCCAAGACGACUUCGCUGUGCUCUUUCACUCGGCGGAUAUCAUCAGUGUAAGCAUUGCAGACAAGCAACCAGAACAAAAUCGAAGCGCGGAGAUCAUGCUCGUUUCGAUUUCUCAGGUGGAAGAUGCUGGCUUGGUGCGCGUGGCAUCCCAACAGGGGCGCUCAUACUUUUUGCACAGCAUAAACCAGGACACAAGAGAACUGAAUCUCACCGCCUUUCCCAAGCGAAAGGACUUUCUACAUCCCGCCGUUGAAUAUAGCGUUGCACACACGGCAAGGAACAUCUGCAAGGCUGCGGAGUGUACAAUUGAUGCACUUCCAGCCAAAUAUGCGCUACUCUCAGCUUUUGUGCCGUCUAUCUUGCGCAAACUCGAAAUAACUCUGAUCGCGCAAGAUCUUGCUCAGAACAAGUUAGGGACAGUCGGAACCUUGGAACUGUGUUCACUUUUGGAAGCGAUCACCUCACCUGCCGCGCGAGAGCCUUACGAUUACAACCGUCUGGAAUAUCUCGGUGAUUGUAUCCUCAAACACUGUACGGAAUUGCAAUUAAUGGCCCAGUACAAACACUGGCCAGAGGCAUACCUCACGCAUGAGAGGGAUCGCAUUGUGCGGAACAGCAAUCUCGCGAAAGUAGCGAUUGACUCUGGACUUGACCAAUACAUACUUGCUGCACCUUUUACGGGAAGCAAGUGGCGUCCGCCCUACGCAAGUGACAUGCAGGCACCAGACACACGCCCCAUGUCAACCAAGACUCUAGCAGACGUCGUGGAAUCCUUGAUCGGAGCAGCAUAUAUCAGUGGUGGCCUUGAGAGGGCGUUCUGCUGCAUCAAAACGCUUUUGGCCAACGAGAUCUGGGACGACCGGAGUCAGUGCAUUGAAGUGCUGCUUAAGGAACUGCCAACUACUUCCAUUACAAAUCUUGCACCACUCGAGAAAAUUAUCGGACACACGUUUGAGCAUCCCGCUCUUCUUGUCGAGGCUACCACUCAUCUCUCUUUCCCAUUCAACCGGACGGGCGUUUCAUAUGAACGUCUUGAGUUCUUGGGAGACAGUGUGCUCGACAUGAUAGUCACACCGAAGCUCUUCGCUCAUGCAAAUAAGCUCAAGCACUGGCAAUUGCAUGGAAUGCACGCGGCCUUGGUCAACAGCCACUUUCUAGGGUUCUGCUGCUUGCAGCACACCAUCUAUGACGAGACUUUCCAGGUCGUCUCGGAUCAGUCUGGAGGAUUCCGGACGCUUGAACAGCAAAGAGAAGUCCACCUCUAUGACUUCUUACGCGCUGCGCCUCAGCUCAACAAGGACAAGAACGCUACGGCUAUCAGGUAUCAAGAGCAAAAAGAAAGGAUCAACCAAGCACUCCUGACAGGUGACGAAUAUUAUCCAUGGGUGGAGUUGGUGACGCUCUCGCCACCCAAGUUUUUCUGUGACUUGAUCGAGGCUACUCUCGGUGCCAUCUUCAUCGACACCCGUGGUAGCUUGGAUGCAUGUGAAGCCUUUGUCGAACGCAUUGGUGUUUUGAAGAUCAUGCGGAGGAUUCUCGAUGACAAUAUCUCGUGCGUUUCGCCCAAAGAGAUGCUGGGUAUCUUGGCAGAUCGAGACGAAGUCAAGUACACAAGCAAGACUAACGAAGGAGAGAAUGGCAAGAAGUCGUGGCAGUGCUUUGUGAAAGUUGGUGAAGAGGAUAUAGCCAACGUUGGCGAUUGCAGUACUAGAGAGGAGGCCGAGACUAAAGCCGCUUAUAUGGCAUGCAGCAUUUUGCGGACCAGAGGGCAUGGAAGAGCUGAGAGUAAGAAGAGAAAGCUGGAUGAAGCAAGCUUUGAAUCUGGCGAGCAGAUGGAGAUCGAAGAAAUGGCAGACUGA